CUGCUUAGAGCAACGUGCUGGACUGACUGCGAGCCAGAAUCGGGACGAGAGGAAUUUUCACGUCCUAGGAUUAUGUUCCAUCAAUAGUCGCUAUGUGGCUCUUCCGCCUGACGACGUAUUUCCUCCUAUGGAGUAUCUCGGCGCCCGAUGUCUGCGACGGAAACGAACAAAUGACGCUGCUCAAAGCCUUCCAACAAGUGAAAAAUGUGCCCAUAAUUUUGUCGGUGUCCCGCACUCCUCCGAGGAGAUACCAGGGAGGAAAUCCGGAUAUUCUGAAAAUAACUUCGCCCUCCGAGCUACAAGAAAGUGCCGAGCUAAAUGGCGACUCUCACGAAAUGCCGAAGUACAACACGAAAAAAUCGAGAGCUCAUUCAAAAGUGAAAUACGUUGUCGUGAAAGACGGAUCCUUCAAGAAAUAUCACAAGAGACCCUUUUCGAGCUAUGCCGAGUAUUUCGGGGGCCCGUACAAAAAAGAGAUUCUCUACGAAGACGAAGACCACACCUUCAUCCGAGUUUCGUCAGUGAAACCUCGACCCCAAUACGCUCACGUUAAGAUGUUCCACGAACCGGAGAGCGAGAGCUCGAAGAAUUGUCCCUUCAUGCCACCGCAAACUCACGUGCAACCUCUCCUGAGCCAGGACCAGCACGAAAGUCCUCCACAGGCCCCCGCACCUCAGGAUAACCACCUUGUUCACAAUAUCGGCAAUAUCAAUAUCUUUGAUCAAAGUCAGGAUCGAGAGCAGCGGGAGCCUCCCAGAUACGGUAACUCCGUGAAUCCUGGCGGAAAUCACGAUCGCCGUCACUUCCUCAUGAUCCGACCGGAGAGCACUGGGCUCCAACAUCGAAGGCCUCCACCUCAUCGAGCCGCCGAUAACCUCAAUGCACACGGACCGAACUCUCAUGCCGUGUAUUACCACAGAGACACCGGUCCCCCUGAAGCCAGCCAUCAUGUUCCACCUCAGAUCGAGCUCCAUGUCUCGAACGACCGAGCUCUCAAGCAGCAACUUCAUGAGCCGCGGAGGAAACCUCCCGCACCCCAUCACUUCGCUUCAACGAAUUUCCGCAAGCAGCAGAAUCGCCUUCCGAAUCAUGUUCCGCACGAUCUGUACCAACCGAGAUUCCCGGACCACCAAGAAAAUCCUCGCGAGGAAGAUCCGCAUCAGGGUCACGAAUCGCGUCUUUUCGGAGCACCGGCGACGUACAAGAAGAAAGAUAGGUCCAACCGUCGCGACCCGAUGGUGUACGCCGGCGCCAUGAACCAGGAUUGGCCAGUGAGGGAAGCGCUCAUGAUCUCCGAUGCCAAAGGGAAUCCAUUGGUGUAUGCUUCUCCCCGAGAGACUCCACCCUUCAGCUUCCGCAACAGUUUCCGACGGCGCAUCGGACGGAAUGUCAUUGAUUUGCCGUUUCAUUAG